GCAGAAAAAAGAAUCAAGUUAGAGAGGGGGAAGAAAAAGACAAAAUAAAAAGCUCUCUUUUUCUUCUUCUACACCAAAACUGCAAAAAAUUGUUACCUACUCUUUAAGUUAUGUUUGUGUUUUCUCAGUUUUAGUUUUCUGCAACUUGUACAAACUAUCAUGAGUUUCUGAACAAAUAUCAAAGUUGGGGUAGUUUUUUUUGGACAGUAGGGUUUGGUUUUGAGAAAUGGGUUUGUUUUGUUUUUUCAUUAGAAUCAUUAUUAUUCAUCCAGAAACAAUUAGUACAAAAAUCAGUCUUUUAUAAAUGAUGAUGAUGAUGGGUUUAAGAAACAAAUUCAGGAUUUUGUGAUUUUUCAUUUUUUGGGUUUUCAGUUUUCAAUUUUUGUUUCCUUUUUUUUUUUGGUUCCUCCUCUGUGAUGGGUAAUGCUAGUGGGAAAGAAGAGGUGGCCGGUAACAACAACAAUCCAACUGAUGAACAUGGGUUUGAUUUUCAUGGUGAGGAUGCGCAGGAUAUGGAAGAAGCUGAUAACUGUGCGCAAGUUAACUACCAUGCACUUGGUGGGUCUUCCCAUUCUGAACUCAUGGGCCAGCCUCCUCCUCCAUUUAACCCCACAGCAACUCAGUCCCCUUUGUUGUUCACGCCUCAGUCUCCCGUGGUUCCAUUAAGGAGACCGGGUGAAAUUGUCAUUCCUAGGCAUGCCUGGCCCCAGAAUGAUACCGUGCCUGAUGUCAGGUAUGAGGAUGGGAUACCAACCAUGAUAACUUGGAGCUAUGGUGGAAAGCAGGUCGCUUUGGAAGGAUCAUGGGAUAAUUGGAAGACAAGAAUGACAUUGCAGAGAUCAGGCAAAGACUUCAUCAUUAUGAAGGUGCUUCCGUCGGGAGUGUAUCAGUACAGGUUUCUUGUAGAUGGACAAUGGACAUAUGCUCCUGACUUGCCGUGGGCCCAAGAUGACAGGGGUAAUGCUUACAACGUUUUGGAUUUGCAGGAUUACGUGCCGGAUGACCUAGACAGCAUUGCUGGCUUCGAACCUCCUCAGUCUCCAGAUUCCAGCUACGACAAUUCAAACCUCACUUCAGAGGAUUAUGAGAAGGAGCCACCAUUUGUGCCACCUCACCUACAAAUGACACAACUCAAUGUGCCAGCAUCUUCAUCAGCCAUCAUGAGGAAUCAUUCUUCUUUCUCAAGACCUCCACACGUGGUACUUAACCAUUUGUAUGUGCAAGAGGCAAAGAGGGGUCAGUCUGUGGUUGCACUCGGUUCCACAAACCGUUUUAAGUCCAAGUAUGUGACCGUGGUGCUUUACAAGUCGUUGCAGAGGUAGACAGAAAACAUCCCUUGCGUCCUAAGUAUUUUCUUAGACGAUAUAAAGGAAUAUAUAAUUUACUACAGUCACUAUGUCAAAGACGAGAUGGAUAAGAUCAUAAGAAACCUCUCAUAGAAUGACGUUGUAAACACUUCCUCAAUGCAGAGGCUUAUUAAGCAAUCCCAUCAGAUACUUCUAGUUUUCCA